CGUCCCCGCCCUGUCCCGGUCUGCACGCGCUGCACCGACUCUCCCCGGUUUGUUUCUCAUUUAAAUCGGUUUGGCUUCUCUCUCAGUUCUUCAGUCCGUCUCUGUUGACUCAGUUCGGUUCGGUUCGGUCCGGGUCUGAUGGCGGCUAACCGGGUGGGGCGGCGGGUGAACCGGGUGUGCGGCAGCCCGUCACCGAGCCGGGAUUCGGGUCAGAACCUGCAGCGGCGGCAGGCUCGGGUCACCGUUAAAUACAACCGGACAGAGCUGCAGCGGCGCCUGGACGUAGAGAGCUGGACGGACCGGGGGCUGGAGCAGCUGUACCGGGGCAGGGAGGAGCAGAUGCCUGAAGAGCUGAACAUUGAUGAGCUGCUGGACCUGAAGACUGUGGAGGAGAGAACACACAGACUGCAGAACAUCCUCCAGUCGUGUCCCAGCAGCACUGAGGUUUUCAUCAGUGAGCUGCUGCUGAAGCUUCAAGGUUUACAGAAGCAGGAGGAUCUGCACAACGACGGCAUUGACCUGCCACAGCUCCACAUCCUCUCCACCCGCUCCCAAUCAGCCCACAGGGAGGCGCUGCACUGAGAUAUCGAGCGUCCCCCGACUGAUCCCAAGACCCACAGCACCCCCUACCACUGGAGCAGAAGGAGCUGGUGUAUGAAACAAACACACCUUAACCUCUAUCCAACAUACCCAGAGUCACUCCACCCGAACACCCUGAGGAUCAGUACAGCAGCAUCGACUAGUACAGUCUGAGAGCCUCAAAACAGCAUCGAUUAGUACAGUCUGACAGCCUCUAAACUGCAUGGAUUAGUACAAUCUGAGAGCCUCUAAACAGCAUGGACUAGUACAGUCUGAGAGCCUCUAAACAGCAUCGAUUAGUACAGUCUGAGAGCCUCUAAACAGCAUCGAUUACUACAGUCUGAGAGCCUCUAAACAGCAUCGACUAGUACAGUCUGAGAGCCUCUAAACAGCAUCGAUUAGUACAGUCUGAGAGCCUCUAAACAGCAUCGACUAGUACAGUCUGAGAGCCUCUAAACAGCAUCGAUUAGUACAGUCUGAGAGCCUCUAAACAGCAUCGAUUACUACAGUCUGAGAGCCUCUAAACAGCAUCGAUUAGUACAGUCUGAGAGCCUCUAAACAGCAUCGAUUACUACAGUCUGAGAGCCUCUAAACAGCAUCGACUAGUACAGUCUGACAGCCUCUAAACAACAUCGACUAGUACAGUCUGAGAGCCUCUAAACAGCAUCGACUAGUACAGUCUGAGAGCCUCAAAACAGCAUCGAUUAGUACAGUCUGAGAGCCUCAAAAUAGCAUCGACUAGUACAGUCUGAGAGCCUCUAAACAGCAUCGACUAGUAC